AUGACAUCGUCCAUGCGUGCCGGCGCCGCAGACUCGUUCGAACCAAACUCCGAAAAGCCGCACAAUCCUGCGCGCCGUCGCGCACCGAUGUCCACGAUGACGCACAUGCAUGCACCUCGCGCGUCGCGCGUUCGAUGCCGCACCGCAGCCGCGAGCGACGGUCGUAUUGUUGCACCUCAGACAAAAGUCUUGCGCGACUUGCUCGCGUCGCCGACAAUCAUUCAGGCGCCGUGCGCGCACGACGCCCUGAGCGCUCGCCUGAUCGAGCGCGCCGGAUUCUCUGCCGCGUUCAUGUCUGGUUUCUGCGUCAGCGCCUCGAGGCUUGCGCUGCCGGAUACGGGAUUGAUCUCGUACGGGGAGAUGGUGGACGUCGGUCGAACCUGUAACGACGCCACGAGCGUGAGCUUUCCGAUCAUCGGUGACGGCGACGAUGGGUACGGGAACCCGAUGUCUGUGAAGCGAACAGUGAGGGGAUACGCCAAGGCAGGGUUCGCGGGGAUCCUGAUCGAGGAUCAGGUGGCGCCCAAGGCGUGCGGACACACGAAGAAUAGACGAGUGGUGUCGCGAGAGGACGCGGUGACGCGCGUGCGAGCGGCGUGCGACGCGAGGGAUGAGAGUGGAUCGGGAAUCGUGCUCUUCGCGAGGAGUGAUUCGAGGAGCGCGAUCGAUCUCGACGAAGCGCUGUGGCGAGCGGCAGCGUUUGCGGACGCGGGCGCGGACGCGCUCUUCAUCGACGCGCUUCGAUCGAAGGAGGAAAUGCGAGCAUUUUGCAAGGUCGCUCCGGGUGUGCCGAAGAUGGCGAACAUGCUCGAGGGCGGUGGAUCGACUCCGAUCUGCACCCCACAAGAGCUGGAGGACAUGGGAUUCAGCAUCGUCGCCUAUCCCUUGUCGCUCCUCGCCGUGAGCGUCAAAGCAAUGGAGCGCGCGCUCGAUGAGAUCAAACGUGAGGGCUACCCGAGCGACGAAAGUCUCCCCACGUUCGUCGAGCUACAGAGUUCCGUCGGUUUUCCCGAGUACUACGCCGACGACGAGCGAUACAAGGCCUAG